GCCCGGGCGCCCGGCCUCAGCCAUGGAGCGGCGGCUGCGCGCACUGGAGCGGCUGGCGCGGGGCGAGGCCGGCGGUGGCCCCGGGCUCGACGGCCUCCUGGAUCUGCUGCUGGGGCUGCACCACGAGCUCAGCAGCGCCCCCCUCCGGCGGGAGCGCAACGUGGCGCAGUUCCUGAGCUGGGCUAGUCCCUUCGUAGCGAAGGUCAAAGAGCUGAGGCUACAGAGAGAUGACUUCGAGAUCUUGAAGGUGAUCGGCCGAGGGGCAUUUGGGGAGGUUGCCGUGGUGAGGCAAAGGGACAGUGGGCAGAUUUUUGCCAUGAAGAUGCUGCACAAGUGGGAGAUGCUGAAGAGGGCCGAGACUGCCUGUUUCCGGGAGGAGCGGGAUGUUCUGGUGAAGGGGGACAGCCGCUGGGUGACUGCUCUGCAUUAUGCCUUCCAAGACGAGGAGUUCCUGUACCUGGUGAUGGACUACUAUGCCGGUGGGGACCUCCUCACUCUGUUGAGCCGCUUUGAGGACCGCCUCCCACCCGAGCUGGCCCAGUUCUACCUGGCUGAGAUGGUGCUGGCCAUCCACUCCUUGCACCAGCUGGGUUACGUCCACAGGGACGUCAAGCCAGACAAUGUCCUGCUGGACAUGAAUGGUCACAUCCGCUUGGCUGACUUUGGUUCCUGCCUCCGUCUCAACAAUAGUGGUAUGGUGGAUUCGUCAGUGGCAGUAGGGACACCAGACUACAUCUCUCCGGAGAUCCUGCAGGCCAUGGAGGAGGGCAAGGGCCACUAUGGUCCGCAGUGUGACUGGUGGUCACUGGGAGUCUGUGCCUAUGAGCUGCUCUUUGGGGAGACGCCCUUCUAUGCUGAAUCCUUGGUGGAAACCUACGGCAAGAUCAUGAACCAUGAGGACCACCUACAGUUUCCCUCGGAUGUGCCUGACGUGCCAGCCACUGCCCAAGACCUGAUCCGCCGGCUGCUGUGUCGCCAGGAGGAGCGGCUGGGCCGUGGAGGGCUGGACGACUUCCGGAACCACCCCUUCUUUGAAGGUGUGGACUGGGAGCGGCUGGCAACCAGCACGGCCCCCUACAUCCCUGAGCUGCGCGGGCCCAUGGACACUUCCAACUUCGAUGUGGACGAUGACACUCUCAACGAGCCGGGGACCCUCCCACCACCCUCCCACGGGGCCUUCUCUGGCCACCAUUUGCCAUUCGUGGGCUUUACCUACACCUCCAGCAGUCCGGGCCCUGAGAGCAGCUCUGAGCAGUUGGCUGCCCUAGAGCAGAAGCUCCAUUGUCUGGAACAGGAGAAGAUGGAGCUGAGCCGGAAGCUCCAAGAGGCCCUGCAGGUCUCCUCGGACCACUGGGAGCUGGAACGGCUACGGAAGGAAGUACAGACUCUACAGGGCAGGCUGUCAGAGACACCAAGGGAUGGUGAGGCCGAGAUGGAUGGCAGCAGCCCAGGCCAGAACUGCAACCUAUGGCAGGAGAGAGACCGGCUUGUCCAGGAGCUGGCCGAGGCUCAGGCAGGGCUGCGGGCGCAGUCACAGGAGCUGUGCAGAGCCCAGGAGCGGCAGGAGGAGCUGCUCCAGAGGCUGCAGGAGGCCCAGGAGAGAGAGGCAGCCACAGCCAGCCAGACCCAGGCCCUGAGCUCACAGCUGGAGGAAGCCCAGGAUACCAGCAGAAAGUUGCAGGCCCAGGUGACCACACUUUGCCGGGAGGUGACACAGCUCCAGAGACAGUGGGAGCGAAGUCUUGAGAAGGAAUCUUUUCGAGUCAAGACCAUCCACAUGGCCUCUGAGACCAAUGGCACGGGGUUGCCUGAGGGUGGGCCGCAGGAAGCACAGCUGAGGAAGGAGGUAGCUGCCCUUCGCAUGCAGCUGGAGGCGGCCCACAGCCAUGGGCUGAGUGGGAAGGAGGAGACUCUGUGCUGGCUCCAGGAAGAGAACCGACGGCUGAGCCUGGAGCAGGAGCGGCUGGUGGAAGAGCUGGAGCGGGAGCAGCAGAGCAAGCAGCAGCUGGAGGGCGAGCGGCGAGAGACGGAGAGCAACUGGGAAGCCCAGAUCGCUGACAUCCUUAGCUGGGUGAACGAUGAGAAGGUCUCAAGAGGCUACCUGCAGGCCCUGGCCACCAAGAUGGCCGAGGAGCUGGAGUCUAUACGGAACGUGGGCACCCAGACACUCCCUGCCCGACCACUUGACCACCAGUGGAAGGCCCGGCGGCUGCAGAAGAUGGAGGCCUCAGCCAGGCUGGAGUUGCAGUCGGCCUUAGAGGCCGAGAUCCGGGCCAAGCAGAGCCUGCAGGAGCAGCUGACACACAUGCAAGAGGCCCAGCUGCAGGCCGAGAGCCGUUUGCAGGAGGCCCAGAAGCAGAGCCAGGGCCUGCAGCAGGAGCUGGCUGCGUUGCGGGAGGAGCUGGCGGCCCGUGGGCCAGGAGACGCUAAGUCCUCAAACUCCCUGAUUCCCUUCCGGUCCCUCUGGAGCUCAGAGAAGGAUUCCAGCAAAGACCCGGGCAUCUCAGGAGAGGACCUGAGGCCCAGUGUGGAGCCAGAGCUGAGGCCAGAGGGCCGCCGCAGCCUGCGCCUGGGGGCUGUGUUCCCCAGAGUGCCUGCGGCUCCCACCGCCCCAGCAGAAGGACCCCCUGCAAAGCCUGGCUCACACGCGCUGCGGCCCCGGAGCUUCCCGUCCCCUACCAAGUGCCUCCUCUGCACCUCGCUGAUGCUGGGCCUGGGCCGCCAGGGCCUGGGCUGUGAUGCCUGUGGCUACUUCUGUCACUCCGCCUGCGUCCCCCAGGCCCCGCCCUGUCCCGUGCCCCCUGACCACCUCCGCACAGCCCUGGGUGUACACCCCGAAACGGGCACAGGCACUGCCUACGAGGGCUUCCUGUCGGUGCCCCGGCCCUCGGGCGUGCGGCGCGGCUGGCAGCGGGUGUUUGCUGCCCUCAGCGACUCUCGCCUGCUGCUGUUUGACGCCCCAGACCCACGACUCAGCCCAGCCAGUGGGGCACUCCUGCAGGCACUGGAUCUAAGGGACCCCCAAUUCUCAGCCACCCCUGUCCUGGCCUCUGAUGUUAUUCACGCCCAGACCAGGGACCUGCCACGCAUCUUUAGGGUGACAGCCUCCCAGCUGAUGGUCCCCCCCGCUGUGUGUACUGUGCUGCUGCUGGCAGAGAGCGAGGCCGAGCGGGAGCGCUGGCUGCAGGUGCUGGGCGAGCUGCAGAGGCUGCUGCUGGACUCACGGCCAAGGCCCCGUCCUGUGUACACCCUGAAGGAAGCCUAUGACAACGGGCUGCCCCUGCUGCCCCACGCGCUCUGCGCUGCCAUCAUCGACCAGGAACGGCUUGCUCUGGGCACCGAGGAGGGGCUAUUUGUGAUCCACCUGCAUAGCAAUGACAUCUUCCAGGUCGGCGAGUGCCGGCGGGUACAGCGGCUGGCUGUGAGCCCCAUGGCAGGCCUUCUGGUCGUACUGUGUGGCCGUGGCCCCAGCGUGCGCCUCUUCGCCCUGGCCAAGCUGGAGAGUGCGGAGGUGGUGGGUGCCAAGAUCCCCGAGUCUCGAGGCUGCCAGGCGCUGGCAGCCGGGCGCAUCCUGCAGGCCCGCACCCCUGUGCUCUGUGUAGCUGUCAAGCGCCAGGUGCUCUGCUACCAGCUCGGCCCAGGCCCAGGGCCCUGGCAGCGCCGCAUCCGUGAGCUACAGGCACCCGCACCUGUGCAGAGCCUGGGGCUGCUGGGCGACCGGCUGUGCGUGGGAGCCGCCGGUGCCUUUGCCCUCUACCCACUGCUCAAUGAGGCUGCGCCCUUACCGCUGGGGGCCAGUCUGGUGCCUGAGGAGCUGCCACCAUCCCGUGGGGGCCUGGGCGAGGCUCUGGGCGCUGUGGAGCUCAGCCUCAGUGAGUUCUUGCUACUCUUCACCACUGCGGGGGUCUAUGUGGACAGCGCCGGCCGCAAGUCUCGAGUCCAUGAGUUGCUGUGGCCAGCAGUGCCCACAGGCUGGGGUUACGCAGCCCCCUACCUGACAGUGUUCAGCGAGAAUUCUAUCGAUGUGUUUGACGUGAGGAAAACAGAAUGGGUCCAGACGGUGCCACUCAAGAAGGUGCGACCCCUAAACCCGGAGGGCUCCCUGUUCCUCUUUGGCACGGAGAAGGUCCGCCUGACCUACCUCAGGAACCGGCUGGCAGAGAAGGACGAGUUCGACAUCCCCGACCUCACUGACAACAGCCGGCGCCAGCUGUUCCGCACCAAGAGCAAGCGCCACUUCUCCUUCCGCGUGUCGGAGGAGCAGCGGCAGCAGCGGCGCAGGGAGAUGCUGAAGGACCCGUUUGUGCGCUCCAAGCUCAUCUCACCGCCCACCAACUUCAACCACUUGGUGCACGUGGGCCCCACGGACGGGAAGCCCGGCGCCAGGACCCAGCCCCCGGCUCCAGAAGGGAAGGGCCGAGGUAGCCGCGGCUCUGGCCCGCAGCGUCCCCACAGCUUCUCGGAGGCCUCGCGGCGCCCAGCCUCCGUGGGCAGCGACGGGCUCGCUGGCGACGCGGACGCCAGGAAGAGGAAGCCUUGGACAUCUCUGUCCAGCGAGUCUGUGUCUUGCCCCCAGGGAUCUCUGAGCCCGGCAGACUCCCUGAUACAGGUGUCAGAACGGCCCCGGAGCCUCCCUCCAGCCCCUGAAUCAGAGGGCUCCCCUUGACACUCUUUGGCAGGGGCCACCCUGAUCCCAGGACCAAGAGACAGGAAUGAACAAAGAGCUUGAGGAAUGCCAUGCUCCGGCUGGCCCGGGAUGUGUGGAAAUUUGGACUCAGGGAGGCCUUGUGUUGGAGGCGACUCAGAAGCUGGUCUGGGUACCCAGGCCCUGGGGGACCUUGACUCCCAGCCCUCAUCCUGCCUUUGUUCUCUGCUUUCACCCCCUAUCUGUGCUAGCUACUGGGAACACAGUGGCCCCCUUUCUGCUCUGGGGGCCCAUCUGCCCUGGAGUCCAGGGGCAAUCGUGCCAAAGCUCUCCUUUCCAGUGCCAAGCUUCAGAAAGCCUGCAAGCAAGAGAUGGGCUGAGGGAUGGAGAAGGACGGAGGCCCUGGGAGCAACCUGGGGUCUUGGCUAUGGACUGUCUAGCUCUUAGGUGGGGCCAAGUUGGGGCAUAUCGCUGUCUCUGCUUGGGGUCAAGGUAGGAAAGACAGAGUCUGAUCCAAAGGAAAGGAGGGUGGGGCUUCUGGCUGGUUCAGUCAGUAGAGGGUGUGACUCUUGAUCUCAGGGUUGUGAGUUCAAGCCCCAUGUUGGGUGUAGAAGUUACUUUAAAAAUUAGAAGGAUUUAAAAAAAAAUUGAUGGAUUUUUUUUUUUUUUUAAGGAGGAGAGACAAGGAGCAGGGAGGAUGUAGGUGAAGGAGGGUGUAGGUGAAGGAAGUGAGGGGGGAAGGGAAAGGAAAGGAAGUGGAAGAGGCAGUGUUAGUGACUGGCAGGAAGGGAGAGCCAUCCAGAGGAGGAGACAAAUAAAGGAGGAGCUCUGAAGAGGAGCCAAGAGGAGCCAAGAGGAGCCAAGGAGCAGAGAGCCGAGGGGAGCCAGAGAAGCACACUACUGAGAGGGGCCUUUCUCUGUGAUCAGGAACAGAGAGGGGCCCUGUGAACCAACUGACAUUGCAUCUAAUCCGCCCAGGGGGGAGGUAAUUCCUGGACAGGGACAGGAUGGGGAGGGUAUUUAUAAAGGCUACUUGGUAGGAGAUGGACCCUGUUGGGGGCCUGCUGGAGGGUCUCCAGGCACACCCUGGCCCUUGCCAGAAAAGGGGUGGUCCUUUCUCUCAAACCUUCAACCAUCUGUGUAUUAGGGAACAAUAGGGGGCAUUUUAUUAUUGAUCAUAGUCAUAAUAAUGACUAAUAUAAUAAUUGUUAUUAUAUUGCUAUUUUUAUUAAACUUCCCUCUACUGAUAAGUUGGGGGCAAAAUAAGUAUUUAUCUCUUCAAACACCAUAUUCCCGGGAGGGAUUGACCUGAAGCUCUGUGAGGCAGUGAGAAAGCAAUAAAGACAACUUUUUCAGCUGCUGGC